AUGCCACUUUACCAGACAAAGCUGGCCCAGGUGAAACAGGAACUGUGUCAUCACUUCAAGGAUCACCUCCAGUAUCCCCACACAUCCACUCCUGUGUUGAAGAAAACCUUACAGCUUCCUAGUCCACCAGAAUAUGUUAUAUACACAGACACUGAGUUGGAACUGGCUCGUAAGCACCAUUUUGAGAUAGGUAGAGAGGGGGAAUCUGUAAUGUCUAAAGAGUUGAGAUGCAGGCUGGUGAGGAACACUGUUACCAGCAUGAUCUCAAUCUUAAGAGCAAGUCAACAAGGAGAGGAGCUCCGGUACCCCUCUAAGCAUGAGGUCACCGCAAUGGCUAAGAGACUAGUGGAGUAUUAUCCCAUGCUACAGGAUAAAGAUGAACCCAUCAAACAUAUGAGCAUGUACAGUUAUCUUCAGAAGAGAAUUCUGAAUGUGAAGUCCCCACAGAAGAGGAAGGGGCCCAGACCAGAGAGAAGCAGUUCAACCAAAAGACGUCACAUUGACUUCUCUCCAAGUGACCAGGGAGAAGAUUAUGAUGCAGACUCAAGUGGUGGAUCAACAAUUCUUUUGCCACCUAGGGGCAGUUCUGAAGACGACAGUUCAGCGGACAAAGAUAGUCCGGCAGCACAGGCCAGGCAUUACAAGACUCUGCAGGAGAUGUACAAAAAACCAAAACCCAACCAAGAUGCUGUCUGCCAGAUCCUUGACCUUGAGUUUCAAUCAAGAAGAGCCUUCAUUGACAGUGGCAUUCUGAAGAGGACAGACCAGCAAAGAUUUUCGAGGCAUAUCCAUGUGAUGGAUGAGCUGCGGAUUCUGGCUAAGGACAACAGCAAGUUCAUCAAUGAAGUAAAGAAGAGAUGGGCCGACUUCUGCUCCAUGGUGCAGUUUUAUGGUGUUUGGAGGAAAGUGUUGAAGCCACCCAUGAGCCUGGGUGCAGUGGAAUCCAACAUUGCCUUGUUCAGGGCACUACCCACACUCUUCCCCUCACCGUCUGCGCCACCUAAGAAGAUGGGACAGGCCAGUGAGGCAUUGCUUCAUGUCCUUCAGCCAACAGAAGAGCCAGCCAUCUACCUCCAGAAGAGAACCCUCUUCAGCCCUGUUUUGGUCUUUGAUGGGUCCCGCUGUCUUCUGGCAAUUGGAAACACUCCUGUCACUACAUUUGCCAAAGAAGAACUUGGUGAAGGGUUGCUGUAUCUGAUGGGUUAUUACUAUACCCUGCAUCUCACCUAUCCUAAGUGUGUGGCGACCAUUCUCUCUGUCAUUCAGACAGAGGUCUUACAGGACAGUAUCCACGACCGAGACACCACAGGCUCGUACAAAAGAGUCAUGGCAGAGUGGAAUGCUUUCAUUAAGAAAUAG